AUGUCUCUCGGAAUUCAUGGAAAUUCAAGCUAUUCGGAUUAUAAGGCUUCAUUUGUCACUGUUCCAGUACUUUUACUCUUCGUUCCUGCUUUGUAUAUCCCUAUUACUAUACGUAUUGUUUUUCGAAUUUUUGUAAAUUUGAAAGUAGCGAUUCGUGAGAAAAAUGCAAAUGUUCCGUUGUUCAGUGCUAUCACCUUAUCACAUGUCAUGUGUCUCCUAUUUUUCUUUGCUGACUUUAUGUAUCUUCGCCUUCCACUAUCCGGUCUUCUAACCAGUUGGUGUGCUAGUCUACAACCUAGCGGAUAUCUAGUCAUUCUUGUCAUUAUCGUUUAUCAUAUCAAUUACAUCGUGGUUAUACUCCCUUUCCUUGUCGCUGUCAUUCGAUUAAUGUUGGUUCUGUCACCACAGACACCUCAUAAAAUAAACUCGAAAGUACUAAAAUGGGCUCGUCCCAUUAUCUUACUAUACCCCUUCAUUUUUACAUUUGGCAUGUUUCCUACAGUUGGAUACUGUGAGUAUCCAGGAUGGCCCGUUGAUUUUGGUGGUGUUAUUUUUAGAGUGAAACACAAUGGUGUUGGGAUUCAAAACAAGUACGGUCUUCUCUUCAAUACAGUUUUCUGGUUAUUGGCAAGUUUAACAAUAAACACGAUACUUAUUCUGAAGCUAGUGAUACUGAAGUCCUUCACCCAACCUACAGUAUCUCGAGCAUCGCAGAGAGCACAACUCUCACUGACAAUAACUAGCAUAUCCAUGUCAUUAACCUGUGUUACCAAUGGGAUGAUUGCGGUGAGUCAUCAGAAUUGA